CUUAUGUAGGUGGAGCCAAGACAAAGUAUAAAUUCAAUAAAUAGUGAAGUGAUGUGUUGCCAGUCCCAAAAUGGCGGAGGCGGGCGUGGAGACAGCCUCUUCCUCGGCCAGAUUCUUCUGUCACAAGUGCAAUGUCGAGAUUACCCCAAAGUUACCAGACUAUGUGUGCCCACGAUGCAAUAGUGGUUUCAUCGAGGAGCUGGAGCGAACACAUGUCUCAGACAGUGACAGCUCAAGUGACACAGAAAUGGAGCCUUUUGAUAUGUUGGAUUUGAUAGCCCAAGAACCCCCAACCUUACCUGGUGCCUCUGCCUCUCCUGCUUCCUCUUCCUCAGUACCCGGUCCACGCAUAAGUCAGCGGUUGAGACAUCUAAAUGCAAGACACAAUCGAAGAAGGGUCAGUGGAGGAGACCGCCACUCUGCACUUGCCCCUCUCAUUCAUGACCUCAUAAUGCAGAUGACCUCAGGGGUCAUUGAGGCCAGUGUAGGAGGAGCAGAUUACGUUCCCCAAAUGGGCAUUGACUGGCCAGGAUUUCCUGUUCUGGUUGCCUCAAACCUAGCUUCUAAUCCUGGGGACUAUGCCUGGGGGCGGGGAGGGCUGGAUACCAUCAUCACACAGCUUAUGAACCAGCUUGAUGGGACAGGCCCUCCACCUCUCACUAAAGACGAGAUUUCUCAAAUACCUACAUCCAAAAUCACCAAAGAGCAGUGUGAUAAAGGACUACAGUGUUCAAUUUGCAUGGAGGACUUUACAGUAGAUGAAACUGUACGUCGCCUGUAUUGUGAACACUGUUUUCACAAUGACUGCAUCAUUCCCUGGUUAGAACUGCAUGGAACUUGUCCAAUAUGCCGCAAAUUGCUUCUAGAGGAUGGGCGGCCAGUAAUGGGAGCCUCAGCAACUCCUGGGAACAAUCCUCCUAGCUCUGGUCCAAGGUGAGCAGGUUAGUAAGACCUCAGGCGGGGGUUCCAUCAUCACUCCCAAGCAGUAGCAAUGCCUCAUCCUCUUCAUCCUCCACCAGCAGCACCAGUUCUCCAACUUCUAGGUCUUCUUCAGCUAGACCCAUGUUUGAGGAAGAGUUGGAUUGAUGUUUGGAGGAUCUUGUUUAGAAAAGUUAUGUUUUUACAUCACAACAGCACUGUAAUUGUUUGCUCAACUUCAUUGAUGUUCAAACAUGUGCAGAGAAUUAAUGGUUCUUGCAUUGAAAGAUUAUGUAAUAUUCUUUCAGCAUAAAAAGUAAUAUUCUUGGUAUAAAAAAAUUAUCGUGUUUGCAAAAAGCAUGCUUGAAAUUUUCAGUUACACCCAUGCGUUUCAAGGUUUAAGUUUUGUUAAUUCAUAAAUUUGAAAGUUUUACGUUGUCCACUCCACAAAUGAGAUUGGGCCAGGGGUAGUUUUCCAUUUAUAAAUUAUUUUCUAUUACUCAGUCACAAGUGAAAAGGAAGUGAAUAAAAUAUAUUGGUGUAUUUCUAAUGGUUUUAUGUUUCUUGGUGUCUCAUGCAAGAUGCGGGCAAGUUUUCUCAUAUUCAUCCUGGUCCAUUCUCUGUAAAAACAGAAACUACAAUCAUUUGAUCUCAGACUGGAGCCUCUAAACAUUAAAGGUAUUGCCAGUACUGAAUUUGUUCCACCCGUUUCCAGCAGUUCUUGAGAUUAAGGUCUUAGAAUUCAGGUACCAACUAAAAGAACCUCAUUAUCAUCUAGCUGCUUGGCAACUGUUCAGGCAUCUUUUAAGGGUAUAUAUAUAUAUAUAUAUAUAUAUAUAUAUAUAUAUAUAUAUAUAUAUAUACGAAGUGCAUUUAUGGAGUUGCUUAGCAUCUAUGAGAGGUCUUUGAUUCUAACAAUUAGUCUUGUUUGAUGCUGGAUUUUGCAGAAGAAAUUGUGGUGGUAAGAAAAAAAAAGUUUUGAUGAUGACAAAAAGUGUUCAAGAGCUCUCCUGUCACCUCUGCAUUCAUUGCCUUGAUCUUCAGAAGGAAGAACAAACAUUAGAAUUGUCACUAAAGUAACUCUGAAUAGAACUAAUGUGUUUCACUGCCCUCUGUAGUAGGCAUGGUGCAUUAGCUCAUUGUACAGUUAAAUCAAACAUCUUUGACAUUCAGGGACACUAAAAAUUAUAUUAUUUUCACCAUAUGAUGUGAUGCAGAGUCCAGUGUGUUUGUUUACAUGUACUAAAACUAAACCUAUUCUUGCAUAUACAUUUAUUUGUGAGUGAUAAUGAUAUGUCUGCUUAGGCAGCUUGAGGUUUCUUUUUUUUUUUUUUUUUUUUUUAAUGGAUCACUAACUUCAAUCUGCCUUGACUAGCUUUCUUGAGUUCUGGAGCUGUUGAAAGUAGAUUUUUGGAACCUUUUCAUUAUACAAACUUGUACCAGACCUUGUAUUAGUAAGAACAAAAACAAUCACUAAUAAUGUAAGCACUUUUAGUAAGUCCAGUUGUGGGAAGUGAGCUUGUAAAUUAUUUGCCCUCACCAGCAUCUCAGAGCACACUGACAACAACAGAGACAGCUAUAGCUGGUAGCAUUACAAAAUUGCCAGUUAACACUUUGCUUGUUAAACAAACUGCAAGGCCAUUGCAGCAGCAAAGUAGUAUUUCUAUUUAUUUAAAAGAAUUUAUUAUUAUUAUUAUUAUUAUUAUUAUUAUUAUUUAUUUAUUUUACUUUUUAAGAGGAAAAGAACCCUGGUGUAAUCUUGUUUAUGGAUACAAACUUAUUCCCUACAUACAGUGGACAUCCUUAGUUGAAACGUACAUGUACAUGACAACAUACUGGUAUUUGAAUAAAAUAAUUAUUUUGUUGAUAUACAACAUAUAUAUAAAGACAGACCUGAUUGAGUUUUAUAAUAUCCAGUGAUAGUGUAUUAUAACUGCAUACCUAAAUGAAAGAAAAUAGAAAAAAAAAAAAAAAAAAAAGAAAAAGUGAUGAGUAGCAUUCCAUGAAGUGCAGUUCAGCAGAUGUACAGUUAACAUAUCUCUCCUUUGAUACAUCUUGAUACAUUGCAGUUUAGCUGAGCUCUCAAGUCUUCAUACUGGUCCGAGUGAGUUUCCUGGUAUCUUUAGCCUAUUAUAAUGACAAGACAAAAAAUAUAUUCAUGACUUAAAAUAACAACAAAAACAUAAGAGAUUUAUCAAUAACUAAUGUUUAGCAUCUUGGGCUACUGAAAUUUUUAUAUGAUUGGUUUCAACCUGAAAUUUAAAAUGGAAUAAUUGGUUUUACAUUAAUGAAAUUUUUGUACACUGCUGUUUAACCCUUUCAUAUUCUGAUAACUUUUCACAGCAUUGAAAAAACAAAGUUUGGAUGGUGGGCUUGACAUUUAGCAGAAUAGUUGUUGUUUAUCUGCAUAUGGGUGUAAGAAAUGUGCUUCAUGCCUAACUGUGGAUGACGUGCAAACAAAGACCGUCUGUCUUCUUGUUGCUUUUGAAGCAGUAUGAUUUGCUAGUGUGCUCUUCCAUAUUUUAUUAUUAUUAUUAUUAUUAUUAUUAUUAUUAUUAUUAUUAUUAUUAUUAUUAAAAUACAACUGUAUACACAAUUUUAAAGGACAUUUUUUUUAGCUAUGUCAUGGGGAAAGAAAAUGUUACCAGGAAUGUUAAUGUUUGACAAUUUUAAUUAUAGUAAAGUGGAACAUUUUUUGCAUAUUGGCUAUUCUUCUCGCAUUAUCAUUUUGUUGAUUUUUCUUUUUUGGCUAUGCUAUGGUACAGUUCAUACAAUUACAAAGCUUCAAGAUGAAAAUUAACUGAGAUCUAUUAAUAGGCAUUUUGCUAUGAGCAUUGUAAAUAAAACAUCAACACAACUGUUCAAGAUGCCCUCUGUAUAGGUUGUAUGAAAAGAGCAGAUUUUGACUAAUACUCAGAAUGGGAAAGGGUUAAGCUGUAUUUUAAUUUCAGUGGGAGAAAACAUGAGGAAUUCCAAACUCUUACAUGAAAGCAAAAUUCAUGUAAUGAUUUGUCUAAAUGUUAAUUUCUUAAAUAGUUAUUUCACAAGCAUUGACUACACACAACACACACACACACACACACACACACAACCAGUACAGACCAGAAAAAAAUAUUUAACACAUAGACCAGAAAACCCUGCUGUCUUACAGCAUAGCAAAUUGUUAUAGUAACAUUUUGUAAAUAAAACCUGUAAAUGCAUUUUCUUAUGUAUGGAGUUUAUAUAAUAUGUACAAAAAUUAUUUAGUUUCAUGUCCCCAAAUGUCUCAGCUAGUCCUUGGGUCUGUUGCAUCAUGGGGAAGUGUAUCAUAUUCACUGGUCAGAAGAGAAGUUUUUAUUUAGCAAAGAAAAAAAAAAUCAGUUGGCAAAUUUAUUAAGGUAUCAAUAAAUAUAGUUUUCAUC